AUGUGCCAGGACUAUUCAGACAUUUUUUUCUGUGACCCUUCUUUCUCUUUUUGGACAGGUACCACCUUAAAGGAUCCACGUCGUUCCUUUUUCUUCUUUUCCUACCUUAAAGGAUCCACGUCGUUCCUUUUAAACCUUAAAGGAUCCACGUCGUUCCUUUUCUUCUUUUCCUACCUUAAAGAUCAUACGUUCCUUUUUCUUUUUUCUACCUUAAAGGAUCCACGUCGUUCCUUUUUCUUCUUUUCCUACCUUAAAGGAUCCACGAUCCACGUCGUUCCUUUUUCUUCUUUUCCUACCUUAAAGGAUCCACGUCGUUCCUUUUCUUCUUUUCCUACCUUAAAGGAUCCACGUCCUACUUCUUUUCCUACCUUAAAGGAUCCACGUCGUUCCUUUUUCUUCUUUUCCUACCUUAAAGGAUCCACGUCGUUCCUUUUCUUUCUUCCCCUUUACAUGAAUCACUUUGUAGAAAUGUGGUAA